UAACCCAUACAUGACGUUCCCCUUCCCCAUCGUUUUCAAUCCCCAGCCGAUCCUUGGCUCACUCACACACACCGCAUAUGGAUAUAAUAACCACAUCAUACCUAUUAGAUUGUAGUAGAUCCAAUGAUCCAUGGAUAAAUUAUAUAGAUGGUAAAGCGAAUCAGAACCUCUCUCUCUCCUUAAACCUUUUUUCCACUGCGGCCACCAUUCAAACAAAAGAUAAAAAGAAAAGCAACAAGAAACAAAAGAAAGAAAGCAAAGAGAAAAAAAAGGAGCAGAGAAGAGAUGAAGGAAGAAGAACAGCAGCAGCUGCACAACCUCCAUCACCAUAGAAGAGUAGCCAUGCUCUCCGGCACCAAAUUCACCAGACGCACUGCUUAUUUCCUCCUUGUCGCAAUAUCUUACGCCUUGGGUUACUUGUCGGCCUCGAGCACCACAGCUAAACAACAAUUGUCAUCAAGCAUCAAAGCCCCAGAAGAAGGCAUACCACCAACAAGAAUCACCACCGUCGCGACUGCCGCUGUUGCCUCCUCUUUGGCAUCGGAGCCCGAUCACUUUCGCUUCUUGACCCCAUGUGCAGCUCCGCUCCCAUCCAAGCUCGUCCUGCGGACAAUUCUCGACGGAGUCUUUAAUGGUACCUCCCCUUAUGAAAGCUUCCCCCCACCACACAUCAGUCCCCUCCUCCGGCCCAAACGUAUCAAAGGUUGGGGCUCCACGGGGGCUGUGUUCGAGAACCUUAUCCGCAAAGUCAAGCCUAGAACCAUAAUCGAAGUGGGCACCUUUCUGGGCGCGUCGGCGAUUCACAUGGCCGAGAAAGCGAGGCAACUCGGCCUCCGGACUCAGAUCUUAUGCAUUGAUGAUUUUCGAGGGUGGCCUGGAUUUAGGGACCGAUUCCGAGACAUCGGGAUGGUUAACGGGGAUGUGAUGCUGCUGUACCAAUUCAUGCAGAACGUGGUGUACGCUAACGCCACCGAGUCCGUUUUGCCCAUCCCCUUCUCCACCGGAUCGGCUCUUGAGAAGUUGUGUGAGUGGGGUGUGUUUGGUGACCUGAUCGAGGUGGACGCUGGUCACGAUUUUCACUCGGCUUGGUCGGAUAUCAAUCGGGCUUACAAGCUUCUCAGACCGGGUGGCGUGAUGUUCGGCCACGAUUACUUUACCGCAGCUGACAACCGAGGCGUUCGCCGAGCUGUGAACUUAUUCGCCCGAGUCAAGGGUUUUCGAGUCGAAGUCGACGGUCAGCACUGGGUCCUCGACUCAGCUUAGGCCCGGGCCCGGGCCCGGGCCCAGGCAGGUCAAGUCAGGUUAGCAGACUCCACAAUCACCCAAGCGUCUAAAUAGUAAGUUAAGAUACCCUCAAAAUCCUCUUCUGUUUUUGUUUUGGGUAUGAGGUUGGGCCCAUUAUCAAUCAAAAUGUUACUAGAUGACACUGCAGCGUCAAACGCGACUCACGGGAAUAAUGAAUGAAAAGUAUAUCUAUACUCCAA